AUGGGUAGGCAAGCCCUCAAUCAACAGGGUGUGAGACCCGUCAGCGCUUUGUGUAGAGAGUGCUCUCCUAGAGGGAUCUCCCUUAAGAGGGUUCUUUUUACCCGGACUAGUGGAGGGAAGGGUCGUUACGCCAUUGCAGGUCGUGAGACACAGCCCACAAAAUCAAAGAAAUCAUGCCAAUGCGACGAUAACUUCCUACCGGUGCUAGGACUCUGUCUUCCGGGUAAUUUAUCAGUAGGAAAUGAAUGCUACCUUUCAUCACAGUGUUCCAGUACAAGACAUGCAGAUCGAUGUGUUGAUGGAUAUUGUCACUGUCAAGAAGGAUUUCUUCUAAAGGAACAAAAGUGCUUACCUGGUACACUGCUUCUUGGAGAAAGCUGUGAAUUUAAUGAACAGUGCAGUGGUACAAAAAAUGCUGGAAGCUGCAAAUAUGCAGGAAGUGUAAAUUUUACAGUUAGUAAACAAUGCAAUUGUGAUGAGGGUUAUUCAAAUUUUCGUGGAGACUGUCUUCCAGGCAAUUUAUCUGUUGGUCAGGAAUGUUUUCGCUCUCCGCAGUGCACUAAUGCAGAUCCUGCUGUACGAUGUGUUGAUGGUCACUGUCUCUGUAUGGAUGGAUAUCAAAUGAGGGGACGGAAAUGUGUCGAUGACACAAAUAAAGAAAACACAAAGAAACAAAAAGAUAAAAGAUUUGUUUUCAUAUACAUUUUAUUAUUUUUAUGGAAUUUUGAGUUAUGAAUUUUCUCCUUUAGUAAUAAUAAUAAUAAUACUAAAACUACUACUAAUUAAGCAAUAAUCAAUUAUAAUAAAGUGGAAGAUAUCUUUAUCAUCGCUGGAGUUAUUGGAUAUUUUCUUGGCUUAACCUCUUCAAUUUGUGCUUCAGUUGUUUUCAAGAAAAUUUGGAAGCGUUCGAACAGAUAUCGCAAUACGCCUAUCCUGCAGAAUGGAAGCAAUUUAGCACUCCAAAAUGUAUUGUACAAGCAUUCCGAAAGAGCCGUUUGCGUCGGUGAAUCACAGAUUCAAAUUCAAAAAAUCCGGAAAAAUAUUUAAUACAAUAAUGAUCCAUAUUCAUGCAUCGAAGAGACAUAUAAUCAUAUAAAUGACAACACCCAUUUAACGCCAAAUAACGAAUUGUACGACUUUGCAGGACAUAUAGAGAUUGACAAGUCAGAAGGUACGUACAGCUUAGCAAAGGCUCUCCCGUCCUCCAAAACUGGAUGCAACAGUUGAUCUCAAGCUUGUUUAUAUAUUCACAUUGCCAUUAUAAAUAUGUGAAACUCUGGUGAUAUUAAGUUCACUGUUAGAAUCAUUUAGGUUUCUCUUUGAACAUUAAUAACGUUUGUUAUACCUUUAAAAAAUUGUCCCUAUGCAAAUCUUAAUGGAAAAAAUGUCUAACAUUUUAGUUUUACUGAGUGGGUAUGGAAAAAAUCGUUGAUUGACCUGUCGAUGAGAUGUUGGACCGCUACAAUGUAUGCCACACAGUUGGCGGAGCUAAAUUCCAUACGCAUUCCUUAGUAUUCGAUCAAAUUCAAAAUCAGAUCAUAUCACGGAAUUUAUAUACAAGACAAAUUUUUGUAGAAAAAAAUAAGUAUAAACAAAACAUUUAUUGACUGUGUUCUCGGGGAAAAUGGUUUUUUUUCGACCCAUAAACUAAAUUGUUUAUCUGCCUUUGGCCUGACGAUCUCAGGCAAGCAGUUUGAUUCUUGGGUCCGACAAAACGCAUGUUGUCCUCGAACUUAGUAAAUAAAUACAUAUUCAUAACAUUUCUCUAUUUACUUUCGGAUUAAUAAGAUCGAACGGUGUUGCUGAUUAAUAUGAUAUCUAGUGCAAUGAUAGCAUUACUGGGAUUAUGUGGAAUAUUCAGGAAUAAAUGUUCGUACAUGUAAUAGUUUACAUCAACUAGAGUUUAUUUCAAUCACCAAUGUAUACAGCAAUGAAAAGAAGACGUGCAUUUUACAUAUGGACUUUCUUGUUUUAAAGUCACAUAUGGAUUAUUUUUGAUAAGUUUAGACAAAAUAAAAUUUAAAAGUUCUAGAA